ACAAGGCAAAUGUAGCGAUUGGCUGGGACAGAGCCAAGUCAUGGAAGUCGGCGAGGGAAGAGAAGGUGCAAUUUCCGUCUCGCGUAAAAGGAGUUUCCCGGUGGGGCCGGCGAUGACCUCAGAAAAUUUGGUCGAGCAAGUCAAUAACUGGUUGUUAUUGACUUCUCGCGUCGAUCAUCGUCAAUGAAUCAGGGAAAGUGAGAAUGAUGAACUUAAGGAAUGGAGGCUUGGAUCCGCAAUCGGCAGCAGAGAAAGCGGUUGCGGCGAUUGGAUUGGGAUACGAUGUUUGCAGGGACGUUCGUUUAUCGGGAUGCAAGGCCAGAAUCGUCGACCUUCCCAGUGACCGGACAAAGGAGCUCGUCUUCCCCGGCGGCGUUAUUGUUCCCAACGUUUCUGCUUCCGUCAAGUGCCAUCGGGGCGAAAGCUUCAGAGAUUCCUCCCAAGUUCUGUCCUUCCAUCAGAUGUCUGAACAAUUCAAUUUAGAGCUAUCUUUAUCAGGGAAGGUUCCAUCUGGUUUAUUCAAUGCGAUGUUUGACAUGAGGAACAGUUGGAAGAAAGAUGCAGCUUCCACUAAAGGUCUUGCAUUUGAUGGUUGGUUCAUAACUUUGUAUAGUGUUGAGUUAGAUAGAGCCCACGUAGAGCUCUCUGAGCAUGUGAAAAGCCAAGUGCCUGUGUCAUGGAACCCUGCUGCCCUUGCUGAGUUCAUUGAGAAAUAUGGUACCCAUAUUGUUGUUGGGGUGAAGAUGGGAGGUAAGGAUGUUGUUCAUGUGAAGCAGUUCAGAAGAUCAAUUCUUCAACCCACUGAAGUGCAGAAAUUACUUAAGAAAGAAGCUGACAAGAGGUUUUCUGAGGAUGAGAAUAGAUGUUCCAGUACUGAUCAAACUGAAACAUCAGUAACAUUCAAGGAUGAUAGAGAUGAGUCGUGGAAGCUUGAUGUAGCUCUUGCUGCAGCUGUUAGACCAGUUGUAAAAGGUCUCUCAACCAAUGAGGAUCUCAUAAGCAUUUCUGUUCGAAAGGGAGGUAUUGUUGGUAUUCACCAGCACCAUAAGGAGUGGCUUUCUACUAUAUCACAGUCACCUGAUGCCAUAUCAAUGCUGUUUGUCCCCAUUACUUCACUGCUAAGUUCCAGAUCAGGUCAUGGGUUCCUUAGCCAUGCAAUGAAUUUGUAUCUCAGAUAUAAACCCCAUAUAGAAGAACUUCGUCAGUUUCUUGAAUUUCAGUUGCCUCGGCAAUGGUCUCCAUUGUAUGAUGAUUUGCCUCUUGGAUUUCGUCCUCGACAUAAAAAGAACAAAUCUUCAUCACUCCAGUUUACUUUCUGUGGAUUCAAGCUUUAUGUUAACACCAUUAAGGUUGACUCUGGAAGUCGACCUGUAACCGGUAUACGCUUGUUCUUGGAAGGCAGAAAGAGUGAUCAUCUAGCUGUCCAUCUUCAGCAUCUUUCAAAUCUUCCCCAAAUCCUUAAAAUCUCUUGUGAUCGUGGUUGUGAAUAUGAUGAUGAGCCAAUUGAUAAAGCCUACCUUGAACCGGUGAAGUGGAAAAAGUUUUCACAUGUCUACACAGCACCAGUAUUGUACAAUAGUUCCCUUGACGAUGAGCCCCCAGCCAUUGUAACGAAAGCUUGGCUUGAGGUCAAGCAUGUGAAAAGGAGAGAAGUUCUUUUCUUGAGGCUUGGGUUUUCCCUGGUAGAAUCUGCGAAAAUUCACAGAUCAGAAUGGGAUGGUUCUUCAUUUCCAUUUCGAAAGUCAGGGUUCUUUUCAGCAUUGAUGAGCACUAUGCUAACCAAGGAGCUGCAUCAUGUGAUUGAGAAUGAAAAGCCUAUUGAAGAUACCAUAAAACCAAUAAUUUACAAGGGUGAAUCUGGUGCUGAGGCACCUGUUCCAAUAAAGGCCCCAAAAAUGCUCAGCUUUGUGGAUACGAAGGAAAAGGUUAGGGGUCCGGAAGACACGCCUGGAUAUUGGGUUGUCACUGGAGCCAAACUCUGUAUAGAGGGAGGCAAGAUCUCCAUCAAGACCAAGUAUUCAUUGUUAGCUAUCAUGUCAGAAGAUUUUGUGCAUACAUGAGAAGGCUAGCAUGUUGUACAUUUUGAUACAUGUAAAUCUAACUUGUAUUGUACCUUAGUUUGGGCUUGUUUAGAUUUCAAUUGAAUAUAAUUGAUUGUGAAAAAAAUUAAUUAAUCCAAUUAAUUUUAAUUAUAA